UCCCCGAGUUCAAUCCGCGCGGAAUUCCUCUCCAGGUGUUCCCGGCGGCUCCUCCUGCUGCUGCUGCUGCUGCUGCCUGGCUACAUUGUAUCAGUUCCCACACCAAGAAACUACCGCGCCGUUCACUCGCAAACGGCGAAUACGGAGGAAUUAAACCCGAGUGGAGAGCUAUAUUCGCCGCGGGGACUAAUUGGCGGAGAGUCGCGGGCUGUGUUGUCGCGCCUCCAUCAUGUCUCCCCCCUCCGGGCUCGGGUCGUCUUCGCUGUUGACGCCGACGUUAUCUCCACUUGAGACGGCACAAGUCCAGUGAAUCGCCCCGGCCUCCCCUCCUCUCCUGCGGGUGCAUGUCUUUGGGGCUUUUCUCCAGUCUCAAGUGCGAUUCAAAUGGUGUGACUUCUACUUCUUUUUAACGGAGUGCCUCGCCAUGGACGGACGGGGAGCCGGAAUGCAAAUGGCGAGUAGCUAAGUCGAACAAAAUGUGGCCAAAUGGAACGAGAACGUUUAGAACGUGAAGAUUCUUUAUCCCUCACCCCUGUGUCCCAACCGUCCGAGAUAGCGUUGGACCUCACCGAGGCAAUCCUGGGCCGUUGGCAAUAAAAUGUCCCUAAGUGGUGGCACUGCAGGCGGGAAAGGUGUGGACUCUAAUGCGGUGGACACUUACGACAGCGGGGAUGAGUGGGAUAUCGGUGUUGGAAAUCUGAUUAUUGACCUUGACGCUGAUUUAGAGAAGGACAAACUUGAGAUGUCUGGUACCAAGGACGGCAUGGCGGCACCACCCAGUGCAGUGGCAGCGUUGCCAGACAACAUCAGGUUUGUUAGUCCAGUGUCUGGCUCUCAAGGCAAGGAAACCAAAUCCAAAUACAAGCGCAACAAAAACUCUAAAGACAAUAAUAGCAAAGCUUCGACUGGAGAUGGGGGCAAAAAGGAAACUGCAGGACGGACUCAAGGCGAGCCAACCGGCACAGCAGUGGGUGCAGCCGUGGCAGGCAACAAUUCAACCUCUGGAAAGAACACAGAAAAAGGGGGGAAACCCUCCAGAGGUGUCCUGAGUGGCAAAAAAGACAAAGAAGGGGCGACAGGAAAAAGUAAAAAGGACAAAACCGAUGGAGCAGCGGUUGUGGCGAUUGCUGCAGUGGAGAAGGAGGUUGUGUCUCAAGUACAAGUUGCUCUGGGGAACAGUCGUAAUACGAACUUUGACAGCACACAACCGACAGACUUGGUCGAAGCCAAUCAAAUUGGGAAUAUCACUCUUGAGCCUGUUGGAAUAUUACCAGCAUUAACCACAAAAACUGAGACAGAGGAGAUAGAAAAUGGUACUAUUGAAUGCAAGACGUUGAAGAAGGUGAAAAAUGAAAAGAUGGAAUCUCCUGUCUCAACACCAGUCCCUCCCCCCCUACAUCUACUUGCCGCAGUAGGCAACAGUGAGAUUUCCUCGCCAUGUGAACAGAUAAUGGUGCGCACACGCUCAGUGGCAGUGAACACUUCCGACGUGGCCCUUUCUACGGACCCUGAGUGCUUAGGACCCUGUGAACCUGGCACCAGCGUAAAUCUUGAAGGAAUUGUCUGGCAGGAAACUGAAGAUGGAAUGUUGGUGGUGAAUGUUACUUGGAGAAACAAGACGUACGUGGGCACUCUGUUGGAUUGUACACGGCAUGACUGGGCUCCGCCUCGUUUUUGUGAAUCCCCGACAAGUGACCUGGAAAUGAGGAAUGGCCGGGGCCGAGGUAAGCGGAUGAGACCAAACAGCAACACCCCCAUCAACGAGAACAGCAACUCGUCAGACAACAAAGGCGCCACCAACAACAAGACGCGUGCUGCCUCGAACACCAAGGGCCGAAGGGGAAGCCAGACUCCCUCGGAGCGUCGCACUCCACCCAACAGCAACACAGAGGAUAUUAAGGCCAGCCCCUCACCAGCUGGAAAACGUAAGACCAAACCUGCCUCAGACAUGGAGCCCAAUUCUAGCUCCGAGGACACCAAAGGCAACAAACGCAUGCGGACAAACUCUAACAAUGGAGGGAUUGGGCUAACAGGUCUCCUCAUUCCUUCUAUCAAGGCUGAGCCACUUCUGCCUCCUGUUGAUCGGAGCUGUCCUUCACCUGUUCUUAUUGACUGCCCUCAUCCCAAUUGCAACAAAAAGUAUAAGCACAUUAAUGGUCUCAAGUACCACCAAGCCCGUGCUCACACUGACGAGGAUGUGAAGUUGGAAUUAGAUGUAGAUAGUGAAUACGGAGAGGACUCAACACUUCACCCUGAACCUGGGAACUGUAAUGGAGCAUCCAUCUCACAUAAAGGAUCACUGUCUCCUGCCAGGUCAGUCACUCCAAAAGGAAGGAACUUUGAUGUUCAAAGUCCUUCCCCGUCACCGGGCAAGUUUUGCUCAAAGCAGAGCAAAAAGAAAAUUGCUGAAACUGAUCCAGAAAGUGGAGGCACCCCAAUGGAAGUAUGUGAUGAUGGGGCAUGCCUUACUGAUGAAGCCAGUAAUGAUGGUAUCGAUGAGAAGAGAGGCUCUGAUAAGUCAAAAAAAGGCAGCACAAAGGCAGAUAAAAUGGCUCAGAAAAAUAUGAAGUCACCUCGGACAGUCGGCACUGGCGCUUCAGCAUCACAGCAAAUGUUCUCUUUUCCACCGGGAAAUCCAAAUUCUUCCCCAGGACUUGCACCGGUGUUGCAAGGAAUCCCGAAGAGCCCCCAAAUGAAAGGAACACAACCCAAACCCCCUGCCAUUGGAGAUCCUCCUCCAUGUAGUUCCAAAGACAAGAAGAAGAAAGACAAGAAGAAAAAGGAUGGUGGAAAGGAGGCUGACAGUCCCAAGUCUCUGGCAAAGGGAGGGAAACUGGAGGAGGUAAACCCACCGUUCUCAGAGCCGUGUGAUCAGGGGAAUAAGGCUGAAGGGCUUCUUAAUGGUUCCUCAGAUCCUCAUCAGAGUCGUUUGGCAAGCAUUAAGGCUGAGGCUGACAAGAUCUACAGUUUUUCUGAUAAUGCCCCAAGUCCAUCCAUCGGUGUAGCCAGUCGUAUAGAUGGCAGUGGAGUGCCACAGCCUCUUACGCCUCUCCACAUGGGAAACCAGAAUGGUGCUGAUAACUCCUCUGUAAAAACGCACAGUCCAGCCUACUCGGACAUCUCUGAUGCUGGUGAGGAUGGUGAGGGGAAAGUAGACGGAGUCAAAAAUAGGACAGAGGACCAGUCACUCAGAGAAAGUGUCAAAAAAGCUCUUUUUCCAAAUCAGACACCCAGCAAAGAUUCCCCAUACUAUGCUGGCUAUGAAACAUAUUACUCGCCUAAUAAUGUCAACCCUAGUCCUAGUGGGCCUAAUGCAGGUACACCGGUGCCAGAAGGUCAGGUGAAGAUUAAAAGGGAGGAUGACCAGGAUCAGGUUGAGGAGAAAGUCAAGAUUGAGGUUCAUGAGGAUCGCAGACUUGAUAUAGUUACUGGCCAGCAGCAACAGCAGCAACAGCAACAGCAACAACAACAACAACAACAACAACAACAGCAACAGCAACAACAGCAGCAGCAACAGCAGCAACAACCAUCUGUUAUUCAACAACGAUCCAACAUGUAUAUGCAACCUCUUUACUACAAUCAGUAUGCCUAUGUACCUCCUUACGCGUAUCAUUCGGAUCAGGCCUACCAUAACCAUUUAAUGAACACUAACCCAGCCUAUCGACAGCAGUUUGAGGAACGCCAGCGACAAAUGGCAGAACAGCAUCGUGCUGCAGAGAAAAAGUCUGACAUUGCCCUGAAAGAAAGAGAAGCUUCCAUUAAGGAGGAGUGGAAACAAAAGAGUCCAAUGCAGCCAAACCUUUCCAAAACCCCCAUUCAGUCUGAUCUUGGAAAGACGCCACAGCCUACUAACAAAUCCAGAGACUCGCCUUCUGAGGUUUCGUCCAAAUCUAUGGGAGGCAUUAAGGGGGAAGACGCAAAGUCCCAGCAAGCUGAAGGGCUAAAGAUGAAGCUGACAGAGGGACACCAUGGGAAGGAGGACUUGAAGCAAGCACUGGAUUCAAGAUGUCAGGCUGGCACAGAGCAGACUAUGUGGUACAGACAGUACCCUGAGAACCAAAAGGCCUUGGCGGAAAGUGAACACCAGCACCAACAACCACGAUGGAAGGAUGAAAGAGACAGAGAACGGGAACGUGAUAGGAAAUCAAAGGACGAAAGGUGCAGACAUAAGGACAGUCAAAGUGGGCUCAAGGAGGAGAGCAAAGAAAGUACUGACCCUCGGAUACAUUCUGAGGAACUUCGGAUGCUGAGCAAAGACUCGCGUACAAAUCCCCACUUGCAGUUCUCAUCACCACUAGCGCAGCAUCAAGGAUACAUGCCCUACAUGCAUGGUUACCCCUAUGGACAAGGUUAUGAUCCCAACCACCCUGGUUACAGGGGCAUGCCUUCGGUCAUGAUGCAGAACUACCCAGGUUCUUACCUUCCCGGAGGCUAUCCUUUUUCUCCAUACGGCAGUAAAAUAGUUGGCGCUGAAGAGGCCAGCGACAAAUCUCGCACUAGCCCGACAGUCAACAAGAUGGCUACAGACUCCAAAGCGCUAGAGAUCCUACAUCAACACGCCAGCCAAUACAAAAGCAAAUCUCCGACAGUAGGCGACAAGCCCCCCCUUGAGCGAGAGCUGGACCGAGGAGCUGGUGGAGAAAGGGAUCGGGAAAGAGAUGUGGACCGGCCACGCUCCUCGCCUUCCCAGCGGAUGAUGCCCACUCACCACCACCUUGGAUACCCGCUGCUCUCAGGGCAAUACGACCUGCCCUACGCCACAGGGAAGCCCGAUCGUCACACCUCCACCCUGCAAAGAUUCAUGUGACUGGCUCACAUGUGCAAAGGAUGCUCCUCGUCUUAGACAUCAGUUGAAUGGUGUUUGUGUCUCUUUGGUCUGCCUCGGUGUCGGCAGCUUGUCCCUCCUCCAUGACGCUUGGACUCGUGCUCCAGGUUUGAAAGCCAUCGCUCCCCCCCCUCCCCCUCAUGCAGAGGAAACGCCCCCCCUCCUCUGACUUACUAGUCUUUGCACUGUCAACAAACACAAUGCAAAAAUAGACUGUUGCUUUUCUUUGACUGCAGUGUUUUUUUGUUGUAAACAGAAGAAACUAGCAGAGGUUUCCGGGGGGGAUUUGGUGACUGAUGGCAAAGGGGAGUGAGACUUUAAUUAAAGACUUGCAGAGAAAAUCUUAUUGAGAUGAGUUCAAUUUAAUGUCUGUGGCAUUUUGUAUGCCCGUGAAGCAACAAUAUAUCCGCAACUUGACAAAUGUUUGGUUCUAUUUCAUUGUGGAGAGGGGAUCACGGCAACUGCUGCUCACUUCAGAGACUCAACAACCCGAGACUGAAGUUUUCAUCCUCACUGUCACUUAUAAUUAUUAUUAUUAUUAUUUCCCACGUUUGAACACCGCAGUUCAUGUUUCAGGGAUGAUGUCAGUGUGCUUUGGCCAAGGGACCGCUAAACCUCAACAGAGUAUAUAAACGUGAGCUUCUGUCGGACAACUCGCGUUGGGUUACUGAUCGUCACCUUUUCAAUGUCAGAACGCUGGUUUUGAUGCUGUCUCUAUUUACACGCUCGUUAGCAUCAGCUCACAUUUCAACACUCCUUCAGCUUGCAUACAAGUUGUUUGGAUUGGCUGUGUGUACGUGUGUACGUGUGUGUGUGUGUGUGUGUGUGUGUGUGUGUGUGUGUGUGUGUGUGUGUGUGUGUGUGUGUGUGUGUGUGUGUGUGUGUGUGUGUGUGUGUGUGUGUGUGUGUGUGUGUGUGUGUGUGUGUGUGUGUGUGUCAUACCUGCCAACCUUUGAAAUCAGAAAAACCUAGUAGCCAGGGUCCAGGGGCCGCAGGCCCCGGUAGGUCCAGGACAAAGUCCUGGUGGGGAGUUCAGGGGGGCGAAGGCCCCCGACGCAAAAUGAUUAUUAGCAUUCAGACAGGUUAAAAUGUUGCUAAAACCAUCACUUUUCUAUCAGUCACAGUGACUUUUCAAAACAAAAAUAUUACAGCAAAAAUCAUAUGGGUUGAUUGACAUGUUUAUUCUGUAAGCUAACUUCAAUAGUUUGAAAUUAUUUUGACAGUUAAUGCCAGUUAUCCUGUCAACCUUUCACAAGACUUCAAUUUGUUAAUUGAAAGUAUAAACAGUAUAAACACUUUUUACAGUAAACAAAUGGUAAAACAGUACUAAACAAUUCAAUUUAAAAAAAAACAUAGUGUCAUUAUUAACUUUCUGUCCAAGCUUGUAUAAUCUACUGCCUUGUUCAAUUGUAAAAAAUAUUCUGUGCCUAAAAUU